AUAGUUAGCUCCCUUGUCCGAUCUAAGGAUGUUUUUAUUUUAAUAGUUUCUUCGUGCAGUGAUCACAAAUUCAAAGCGCUGCAGAGAUAAAGCGAUGUUUUAACUUAUUAACAGACAUAAAAUCCGAUCCUCUCGCUUCCUCUGGGGAAAUGUGCGUGUGAGUGGGUGUGUCGAGAGAGUUUAAACUUUAUGAUGAGUUAAAGUUUGAUCAUGGCCGUGUGGACCCGCGCGGAGAAACAGGGUCAUCUGGACCUGCUCCUGAGUGACCGCUGGGUCCGGGUCUCCGCGGAACUCACACGGGACACUCUCACACUGACGGCGGAGGGCGAACCGGGCGGGCCCGCGGGAUAUUCGGAGCACAACUCGCAUUUAAGAAACGGCGUUUCCAAUGGCAACGAACAGAACCGAGAUGUUUUUCAGAGCCGCGGGCAAUACGACAGCCCUGGUCGGUUCAACGGGACCGGUUCAGACUCAGAGUCCAGCGGUUACUGUGACCAGGCGGGGCCGGAGGGGGUUCGGAGGGUUCGGAUAGUCAAGCAGGAGUCCGGCGGACUGGGGAUCAGUAUUAAAGGGGGUCGGGAGAACCGCAUGCCCAUCCUCAUAUCAAAGAUCUUCCCCGGUUUAGCGGCGGAUCAGAGUCGAGCCCUGCGCGUCGGCGACGCGAUCCUGUCCGUCAACGGCAGCGACCUCCGCGACGCCACGCACGACGCGGCGGUGCAGGCGCUGAAGAAGGCCGGGAAGGAGGUGACGCUGGAGGUGAAGUACAUCAGGGAGGUGUCUCCGCUCUUUAAGAAGUCCUCUAUGAGUGCAGAUCUGCCUUGGGAUGGACAUCUUCAGUCUCCAAACCUCAGCGGCAGCGACGAGUCGCCCAAGAGCAGUGUAACUCGUGACAGAAAGGUCAUCCCACUUAAAAUGAGCUUCAUCAGCCGAAACCUCACCAUGCCUGACCUGGAAAACAGGUUGUUGGAGCUUCACUCUCCGGACGGCCAGCACACUGUGGUGUUGCGGUGUAAAGACGGCGCCACUGCUCACUCCUGGUUCACGGCCAUCCACACAAACAUUGCUGCCCUAUUGCCACAGAUGCUGGCCCACAUCAACUCCUUCUUGAGCAACCCUAGCGCCAACACACACUGCACGCUCAAACACAUCGGCUGGCUGGCAGAGCAGCUUGAGCUGGAUGGCGGGCGGCAUCAGCACAGACGUGUCAUCAUGGCGCUCACGGAGAAAGACAUCUUGCUGUUCCAGUCAGUGCCAUGGACGUAUGAGAGCUGGACCUCUCCUCUCUUAACACACCCACUACUCGCCACACGGCUUGUUCACUCAGGCAGCGUCCGCAGUUCUCCGGCUCUGGGUGCAGAUUUGGUGUUUGCUACACGUACAGGCACAGGUCGAGGAAUCGAGUCUCAUGUGUUUCGUGUGGAGACACACUGGGAUCUGUCCACAUGGACACGUGCACUGGUGCAGGGCGGACAUUCGGCUGCUGAACUCAUCAAAGAGGUUUCCAUAGGCUGUGUGUUGAACGGACAGGACGUUUGUCUGAUCCUGCAUUAUGAAAGAGGUUUCACCGUGACACGGGAAUCUGGUGAAUCUGUGCUGUUCCACUUCCCUUAUGAGCGGCUCAAAAUGUCUGCGGAUGAUGGAGUCAGGAAUCUUUACCUGGACUUUGGUGCUCCAGAGGGCGAAAUGGUGUUUGAGCUUCACUCGGGGCCGAAGCCUGUGGUCUUCGUGCUUCAUUCCUUUCUCUCCGCCAAACUGGCUCGCUUGGGACUGCUCACAUAAAAUCUACAGGAGAUGAUCGAGGUUCAUUUAUUUCAUUGGUUUAUUGACAGCUACUAUUUUACUUAAGCAGUGUUUUCAUUGUUCCACUUGUCCUCUAGCCGACAUAUGUGUUCAGUUGUUGUUGGUGUUUG